AUGAGAUUCCUCUGUCUACACGGAAGGGGUACCAACUCCAAGAUAUUGGAGAUCCAAAGUGGUACAGACCUUUCCAUCAAUGGCCCGCCUCAAAAGAAAAAGGAAUUUAUUCUGACUUCAAACAUAGCCAAGAUCCGAGACGAACUGAAUGGCCACCAGUUUGUAUUUAUUGAUGGCAUGGUCGCUACCGAAGCAAGCGAGGAGGCUGCUGCCCUAGCUGAAACCUUCUAUGGGUAUCUCCCCAGCAGGGUCAAUGAUGUUGGUGAAGUCCAAGAUGCCAUUAAUGCCUUGGUGGAUUAUGUGACGAUGCAUGGACCAUUUGACGGGGUGCUGGGGUUUUCCGAGGGUGCCAUUAUGGCAGCUACACUCCUGGUUGAAGAUGCUAGGAAUCCAUUCGCCGAUUUCAAAUGCGGCAUCCUCUUUAGUAGUGGGCUGCCCUUGGAUCCGAACUUAUUGCGGGGUGGCGCUAUGCGCUGCAUUGACCCAGAUACGGAUGGGGUGGUGAUCAAUGUGCCUACGGCAAUCAUCGUGGAGGAAGGCCUUGAUCGCUUACGAAAUCUCUCACCGCUGGCGCCUCUCCUGGCUCAAACGGGUGAUUUUCAGCAGGCGUUGGUCCGGAUCUGCGACCAGUCGUCAUGCGAGGUGGUUUGGCAUAACCUGGGGCACAAGAUCCCUUGGUCCAAGUCAACGGAGCUCGAUGCAACACUGAGAUCCAUUGAAAGGACAAUCAGUAGGGCUCAAGAGCUUGAUAGCUAG